AUGUUGAAGAAAUUUAAUUAGAUUUUAAAUUACAAUUAUAGCAAUAAAAAAAUAAUUGAUCUCCUUAAAUAGCAAUCAAGUAGAUAUAUUGUUUUGGAUGAAAGUUUGACUAAAGAUGAUUAUAAUUAAUUCGAAAUUCAUGCAUUCAAUAAUAAAACUUAAAAAUUCGUUACAAUUAAUGUUAAUUAAUGUUUAAAAAAUGAUUAAAGUUUUACUUAAAUGAACAAGUUAAUGCAGAAUAAAGUAAUAUGCAAGGAUACAUUAUAACUACUCAACUCUUAUUUGCAUUAGGAGUAAAUUUUAGUUGACACGCAAGAAAUUAAAAAGGAUUAAUUCAAGUUAUUGAAAGAUUGUUUAUAAUAACAAGUUCUACAAAUUUAUUCAGUCUAAGAAAAAGUAAUCGAAGAUUCUGAUGUUUUUUAUUAAGAUAACGAUCACAUUAACUCUAAUAAUAGUAAUUUAUCAAGGUAGUUCGAUUACUGUUUAGAGUCAUUUUCAGAUACGGAAAUCUAACAUUUUAAGGAUUUCAUCUAAUAAAUUAAUCAUUUUGACAUUUUAAAUCUGAGUAUUAGAAAAAAUAUAACUAUAACAGCUGAGUAGUCUCAAAAAAUAAAAAAUAUUUUACAAUCUGAAUAUUCAUAAAGACGUUUAAAACUGAUAUUAAGGAAUCCUGAAUUUUUAGUAGAAAGUUGGGUUAAUCUGAUCAAAGGAUUUAACUGCUGCAGAUAAAUUGAUUUAGAUUUAGUACAAUCCAAAUAUUAUUGA